AUGCCUGACAUCGAGCCCGGAAGUCGAAUGCCCAGUUCUCGAACAAGUCGGGCAAGUCUUCGAGCAGCCACAUUCAUCGAUCCGGAUAGCGGCGAGCGAUUGAAUCGUAAAUUCACAUUACAUGAGCCCCCAACGGCAGACGCCACUGUUGGACAAGAAGAGGAUGUCGCGGAGCAUACACCUCUUCUACCCAGACGGGCUUCCGAGCCUAGGCAAAAGACGUGGCUAAGGAACAAUUGGUAUCGGACUCAAGAUGCCGCCCGAAAAGCACGAGACUUUGCUGUGUCUCCUGUUGGCAUCGGCAUUCUCAAAUACUCACUCGCCUACCUCCUGGCCAGUAUGGGCACCUUUGUACCCUGGCUGCGGGCACUGUUUGGUCGUAGCGACACGAAGCACACCGUUGCCACCGUUGCUGUCUAUUUCCAUCCCUCGCGUUCUGAGGGCAGCAUGCUCGAAGCACUGAUCUACGCCUUCAGCGCCUUUGCCUACACUGCGGUGGUAUCCGUCGUCAGCAUGGGCAUUGCAGUUUUCUUCGAAGACAAAGUUCACCUUCUGACACUAGGUCACGCAUUGAUCCUUGUGUUCUUCGUUGGUGGUGGCUUGGGUUUCGUGGCCUGGGUCAAGUUGAAGUUAGGGGAUCCCUUGGUCAAUGUGGCUUGUUCGCUGGCCUCUCUCACUCUUAUCACAAUUCUGACGAAGGAGGGAUCCGUCCAGGAAGGUGACUUCAACAUUGAGAAGAUCUCCCAGAUCCUUCGGAUGGUCAUCGGUGGCGUCAUUGCUUCGGUUUUAGUCUGUUUCACGGUCUUUCCUACAUCGGCUCGUCGAAAGAUCAAGCAGAACAUGGUCGACACUACAGAUUGUCUCUCUGAUAUGCUGGCAAUUAUCACCAGCAGCUUUAUAUCAGGCGACGAGUCGGAGCUUGAAGGUCAAGCGUUAGUCAAGGUCAGCGAGCGCCACCGAAAAAGCAUCAACACCCUCGCACAGAAUCUCAAGGAAUCCAAGUACGAGCACUAUGUGAGGGGUCACGAAAGGCAAUCAUGGUUCGAGCAGCGGCUUGCCACCUGCAUCCAGCGACUUAGUCAGAGCAUCGGCGGCUUGAGGAGUACAGCAGCAACACAAUUUGUUGUCAUCAAGCAAACGUUCCCUUCCUACAGUGGAAUGCAUCGACGUUUGGGUUCGUGGGCAAGCGUUCCACCCUCUCCCUACUCUCACGGCUCUCGAAAUCAUCAAUUUGGUUAUAUCAACGAGGUCUUGCAGUCCCCGCAGCCUAAUGCGGACCCUGGCCAUGUCCAGGAUGAGCAGCCGUUCCGGACACCUUCUCAGAUCUUUGAUAUCUUCAUGGAUCACCUGGGUCCAUCAAUGCGGUCACUCGCCUUCACAUUGAAAGAGAUCCUGGAUGACCUUCCAUUCGAUCCUGAGCAACAUUACGCCAUCACCUUCAAUCCGAAGUUUAAGAUAAGUCUACAGCGUGCGAUGGAGCUCUACAAGAAUGCUCGUUCCGAAGCGCUUCAUGCAAUAUAUGACAAGAACAUGUAUCGACAGAGACCCAUGGAGGUGCAAGCUGACUGGGAAGAAGCUGCGGCAUGCUGCGGCCACUUCUCUACUUCUUUGAUCGACGUUGCAGAAGACGUACAGGAAUAUCUGAUUAUUCUUGAUGAAAUGCAGGAAGUGCUUGCGGAAAGCCAUCCAAAACGCACAUGGUCAUGGCUCAAGUUUUGGCAGAAGCCACCUCGCGACCAGCCUGUGAAGGAAGACAAUGCGCUCUUCUUGUCAAAACCAAGCGAGGCAGAUCUGCAAUUGCGAACUCAUGAGAAAUCCUCAGCGGAAGUACCCGCCGGAUCGCCAUGGAAAGCACUAAAGCGACUGUACUUUAGGAAGCUUUACGACAGCUUAUAUUUCCUGCGGCGGGAAGACGUCAAAUACGCCAUAAAGGUUGGCUUUGGAGCAGUCCUGUACGCUCUGCCGAGUUUCUUGAGAUCUACACGAUCGAUAUACCAGCAUUGGAGAGGCGAAUGGGGUCUCUUGUCCUACAUGCUGGUGUGUAGCAUGACCAUCGGAGCAUCUAACACCACGGGUUACUCAAGAAUCUGGGGCACAUGUCUCGGGGCAAUCAUGGCUAUUAUUGCAUGGUCAGCAUCGAACGGCGAUCCGUACGUGCUGGCCGUUUUUGGAUUUGCAAUGGCGUAUUGGACAGGAUACAUUACGAUCGCCAGAGGCAAAGGUCCAAUGGGCCGCUUCAUCAUGCUCACAUACAACCUCAGUGCACUAUACGCCUACAGCUUGUCGGUGCAAGAUGAAGACGACGACGGAGACGAGGAGGACAAAUCGAAGAAUCCACUGAUGUGGCCAAUCGUCUCCCACCGUGUCACGUCGGUUAUCGUUGGAUGUGUUUGGGGUCUGAUCAUUACACGCCUGGUAUGGCCCAUCAGCGCCCGACAGAAACUCAAGGAGGGGUUGUCGUUGAUCUGGUUGCGGAUGGGACUGAUCUGGAAGCGAGAUCCACUCACCGUUUUGCUGGAAGGCGACAGUCCUCACCCGUACAUGAAUCUCACCGAAGAGUUCAAGCUUCAAAGAUACGUCAGGAAACUCCAAAACCUGGUAGAGUCGGCCAAAAGUGAAUUUGAGCUUCGAGGACCAUUCCCACAUUCAGUUUACAGCAAAAUUGUCAACAGCACUGUGCAGAUGCUAGAUGUCUUUCACGAGAUGAAUACUGUCCUACCCAAGCAAGUAUCACCAUCACCCGGUUUGGAGGCAUUGCUUCAAGCCACGAGGACGGAACGGGAGCAGCUUUGCUCCCGCAUCAGCCAUCUGUUCAGCGUUCUUGCUAGCUCGAUGAAGCUUGAAUUUCCUCUAGCUACAGAUGCGUUGCCUAGCAUUGACCAUACCAGGGACAGGCUGCUGGCAAGGAUCUUUGCAUAUCGCCAGUCCAAUGUGGAUUCUGAGCAGACUAGUGACGAGGACUUUAGUGUGGUAUACGCGUACGCCCUGGCUACAGGGCAACUGGCGCAGGAGAUCCAAAACGUGCUGAAGGAGGUUGAGAAUUUGUUUGGAGUACUGGAUGAGGAGGCUCUCCGACUACAGUGA